UAAAGCAACGUAGAGAUGGCCGCCAGCAGUGAGAUAACGACAGCCUAUAUUAUUAUGGAGGGAUCAAGGAGCUGGCUUUGUCAACUCAGAAAUUACUUUGAGUGCUUUGUUGAAAAUUCUAGUUCGGAAACUUUAUUGGACAUGAGAGGUCCAUAUGUAGUUAAAACAGAACUGAUUCUUCAAAUAGCAGAAAGAAAAGUAAUUCAACAGGACAGAGCGCUAUUGACUUCAAACAGAAAGAAGGAAACCAAGAAAUGUUUUGUGGAGCUGAAGAAACUCUUGAUUGCGGCUUACGUAGCAACCAUCUCUGUGUCCAAAAACAAAUUCACCAAAGAAGAGGCAGCCACCGUAGAUAAAAUGUGGCUGAAACUGACAGAUAACCUGGCUGGGAUGGAUACUGCACCAAAGGUUGAGGAAGUACUUCGUGAUAGCAACCAUGUAAAAUAUAAUAUAACAAGGCUUAAGAAGAAGAUUGAAAAGAAAACACAAUCCAAAUGUAGAGAUUACGGGGGUAAGCGAGACAGUUUUGUCUUGAAGAAGAAGAAAUCCCAUCUCGUGCGCUUUGUGCGCUACCUGGCCAAAAACAUGCGAAUACUGGAGUAAAUGUUGUGCCUUAACUUGUAAUUCAUUGUGCACAAAAUAUUUAUAAAUGUUUGUAAGUCGUCUAUGUCCUAAUUGAAUUAUAAUUAAAAAUUG